GAGGAUUUUUUCUAAACGUCACCACUGGUUAUGUGCUAGAACCAAACUGUUGUUCUGCCCUAGAUUUUUGUUCUAGACGUUACGUACCGCUGGUAAUGGGCUGAGACCAAACUGUUGUUCUGCUCGAGAUGUUGUUCUCGACGUUAACACUGUUGAUUGGCUAGGUUCAAGCUGUUGUGAUGUUCUAGGUUUUUUCUAGACGUUACCACUGGUGAUGGGCUGGAUUGUUUCAAGACAAGACAUGAUGAUUCUUUAGGUACUGUUCUAGGCUCUGUCGAAUGCAACAAAACGUAUUUUGUGGGCAAAUAUCAGACGGAAAUCUUGAGGCGCUUCUGGAAAACACAUCCACUAGAACACAUGGACGGCUUCCAUGAAAAUCUAGGAUUAUUUCAAAACUUUAGGCCCAUUAUCAGCAAGGUACUGCCGAAGACUAACAGCAUGAAGAUCAAAGGCGUUCAUGGAGCAGGAACUGUCGCUACCCAAAUUCUGAAAUACAAACAGGCACACACUUUACUACAGGACAGUACCCGUACCGUGCAGAGAAACCAGCGAUCAACUGUGGUAUUGAAGAUACAGAUUCAUUCUUCUUUUAGGUAUCAGUUUACAAGAAGUGAUUUCCCAAUUCUCCAAAGAGAUGGAAUCGGAUAAUUGGAAAGAGGAUAGUUUUGCUGCACGGACAUAUUCAAAGGAUAUUCUCAGUUGAAAAGAAACUGAAUGAAGAAUGAUAGCUCUAAGAAAGAGAACAAAGUUCAUGUGAUUUAUAUUAAAUCAAAAUAACGUUUGAGCAUUUUUUAUAUUGGAAAAUAUCCCACACAUGAUGAAGCCCUCUACAACAGACACAAAUGAUAAGUGAGCGUGUCAGUGGGCCAGCUCGAAAAUGGCGUGCUUACAAGGGAAACGAUGCAAAACGAUCCAGAAACAAAAGAUGGUUUACUCCAUCUGGGUGUACGCCAUGUUCUUCAUAAUUGGUUGGAUUCGUGGGCUGUUUGGACCAUCGUUUAUUGAUAUACAACUUAUAAGUAACGUCACGCUGAAACUCGGUUCAUGGAUAUCUACAGUGAAUUUCAUUGGUUAUGCCAUUGGAUGUCUUUCCGGGGGCUUUUUAUAUGACAAAAUAAGCAGGAACUUCAUGUAUGCUAUAGGCCUUCUCCUAAUAGGAAUUGUAACAGCUGGAAUCCCUUGGUGUUUCCUGUUUGUUUUGAUGGCUGCCGCUCACUUUUGCCAGGGAUUUUCGUCAGGUUUAGUAGAUACAGUGGGUAAUGCAGAAAUGAUGCACAUAUGGAGGGACAAUAAGAUGAUGUACUUUUCCAUGGAGUUUUCGUACUCUAUCGGUGUGUUUUUAGCUCCCAUUGUUGUCGCUCCAUUCCUUUCAGAUGUCGGCAAUGCCGAUUCGCUGUAUCACAAUAACAACGGAUCGUUACAUAACGUCACCAUAAACUCCUAUCUCCAGGAUGUCUCGUCCACUUCAGAGGGUACGAGCGACAUCCAUUUCCACACCGUUAGUAUGGUUGAUAACACGUCCGUAAAUUUACCUUAUAGGAAUGGGACUGAUUACAACGAGGGUCACAUCUUGAUUUCUCGGCUGUUUGUGCCGUAUACGAUUAGUGCGGUUUUGGCCAUUCUAGCGUCACUGCCAUUUAUAGCCAGGUAUUUUCGAAGUAUUGUAGAAACUAAUAAAAACAACGCACAAACGGAUGGUCACGACGAAAUGGCGGAAGAUAGACCAUCUUCACCAGAAGAAGGAAAAGCUAGACGUUUGCCGAUUCAUUUAAAAGUAGUUUGUCUCGCCCUAAUAGGAAGUUUGAUGUUCAUAAGUCUAUGUGUAGGAGAAGGUUUUAUGUCUUUCAUAGUAGUGUACUGUGUAGAUGCAGCGGGAUUUUCGCCAUCUGAUGGAGCUCUUCUGAGCGCCGUGUCUAACGUAUGCUGUAUUGCUGCAAUAGUCGUAGCCAUGCUUGCCUCGCGUGUGAAUACGUUAUUUUUACUAGGAGUUCAUAUCUGCGGAGUUCUAGCAGGUAUCCUAGGUCUGUUGAUUUCUUCUUUAAAACGUGCAGAUAUAGGAAUAUGGAUAACGGCAGCAGCUGUGGGCUACUUUAGAUCUAUGAUAUUUUCAUUAGUUUUCACAUGGACUAAUACCUACAUCACGCCUACGACGGGAAAGAUUUCCUCGCUUUACAUGGUAUGUACUUGUACCGGAUCUGCCGUGGUUCCCCUCUUGCUUGGUUGGCUAAUGGAGGAAUAUAGUGACUUAUGGUUCUGUUACCUACUUCUUAUAUUAAGUGUGUGUUCACUACUCUUGUAUAUUCUAGGGUUGUUCCUCACAAAGUACGUUACAACACUAUACGGAAAGACAUUCGAUAGAACUGUUGUGUACGAUAUAUCCUUGACAGAGAGUCUAAACAAGGAACAUGAUAGAACUGUUGUGUACGAUAUACCCAUGACGGAAAGUCUAAACAAGGAACAUAAAUCGGAUCCAUUGUGAUAGUGAUUUCGAGGAACAUAGGAUGUGGCUAUAUCAAAAAUGUACAUGUGCGUUGUGCCAACAUAUAUUUACAUGUUACUUCUGUAACUUGUGUACUUACGUUUUUACUAGCAACCGUAGUGUUUUUUAUAAGGCACAUAAAAAAUCACCGGUCGCCAUAGUAACUCGCAUCAUCUCCAUGAUAUAGUGGACACUUUAUAACAGUGAUGCAGCAACUGGCAGUAUAACAUAUAAUUGCACAAGAAAGCUUUAAAAGAAAAAUUAUUUCAGGGACAUACAUAUAUAUUCGUAUCGAUGACCGUGCUAAAUUUGAGACUUCAACUUACAGUAAAAAAUAUUAAGGUUUCAAAUGAAAAAAACAACGAUCUGGAAAAUAGUGAUAAGAGAGAGAGCGAUGUUGAAACUUUCAGUAUAUUCCAAUAAUAUCGUAUAUUUUUAUGCCCCCGGAUCGAAAGAUCGGGGGAUAUUGUUUUUGUGAUGUCUGUUUGUCUGUUGUUAUCUUUCAUAAUUGGCAUGUGUGUUUCUUUUGGCAAGACAUUUCCGACGGUACCAAAAUGAUUUACCAUAUGACCUUGAACGUCGCCUUUGACCUACUUUUGAAACAUUUUGACAUUUGUCAUAAGUAUUGCAUAGUGAGUGGUAGGGCUUUCCUAUUUGGUAUGUAUUUUCCCUGUGACGAAACCUUUCCGGUGGUACAAACUUCUUUGACCAUGUGAUUUUGACAUGUGACCUAUAUUUGAAAAAAAAAAUUGGCUGUAGCUAUUGCACAAUAAUAGGUAGGGGUUUUCAUAUUUACAUUUAUGUUCGUUGUCACAAGACAAAUCGGGUGGUACUAACAAUUUUCACCGUGUGACUUUGAACGUAACCAUUGACCUACAUUUGUAAAAAAAAAAUGUAUUGGCCUUAACUAUUGUCAUAAGAGGUAUGCUUUCAUAUAUUGUCCUUGUUGCAAGACCUUUCCGGCUGUACUUAAAUUGUUGACCAUGUGACUUUAAACAUCACUGUUGACCUACAUUUGAAAAUAUUUAUCAUUGACCAUAACUAUUCUAUUAAGAGAUCACACAUUGUCAUGUGUGUUCCUUGUGAAAUAACCUUUCCGGUGGUACCAAAACUUUGGACCAUGUGACCUUAAAAGUCACCUUUGACCUACAUUUGUAAAAGGUUAUCAUUGGCCAUAACUAUUGCUUUCAUAUUAUGACAAGACAAAUUUUUGACCAUGUGAUUUUGAUUUUGUUGCAACCGAGGGUAUAGCGUUUCAUGAAUAUAUAUUGUUUAUUGUU